AUGCGAGGGAGCUGGGCAGUAAGCAUCGACGGUGCUGCCUCAAUUGACUCUGGUGGUGUGAUAGCGCUAAGGCUCAACUCGUUGCGAAGGGUCAACUACGUUUUGAAGAUCAAGAAAAACUCGCGAGGUUGCAGAUUAUCUCAAAGGGAAAGUGCUGCAUUAGGGGUCUUCACGUGUGCUGCAUAGCGUACUAAAUACGAUUUUUGGAGACGAUUGAUUUGGUGGAUGGUGGCCGAUCGCCUUCGCCGACGCCGACUUAUUUGCCGGAGCCCUCUCCGCCUUUUCCAAGAUGGAAACUGAGCGACCUGACUUGUCGCAGCUAAUCCCUCCAUUGCCAACAAACACUCAAGGAGUUCAUCGCCUUUUGUCAGCCUUUAGGUCAGGAACUACUGAGAUUAAAUGUUUACUCAACCAAGAGUGCAAUGUCAUCUUGGAGUGUAAAACAUGCCAGAAUAUGUUUCGGAGCUUGCCGAAUUUUAUCUCUCACAAGCGAUUUUACUGCCUAAAACCAGCACCACCUCUAGAAGGCCUGCUUCACAACAACAAGCUCCCUGAAUACUACUCCAGUGUUGAGGCGAUAGAGAGUGAACUCGGUCGCCGUGACAUUGAUCAGAUAGCAACACGCCUCUCUAAAACCGCUACAAUUGCUGGCACUGAUGGAAUUCGAGGCGAGAAUCCUGAAGCCUCACAAAAUGUUGCAUACUUCACUGCUAUUGCGGACACCAUCAAAAGCAGACGGGCGGCAAAAGUGCAACAGAAAACCAUCCUCACGCCAAUACCAGGAACCAGUCAAGCUGUGUCACAGACAGUAAAAAUUGAAGAAUCAGAUGGUGGAGAAGAGAAAUCUUCUGACUUUGAUCCACCAAACAAGAAGAAAGCCAAGAAAAAUGAUGAUAAAUCAGCGAAUGCCAAUAAUUCACCGGAGGGAACUAAAUCUCAAAACAAUGCACAAACCAAGGGAGACAAAGAUUCACGCUACACCGUCGUCCAAUACCCCUGCCCUUUGUGCAAGAAAGUUUUUAGCAAGCCCAAUGGAACUUACCGCCACAUACGAGACAUUCACAAGAAGAACAACGAGCAGCUGGAGAAAAUGAAGAAUACGAUCAGAAAGAAAGCAUUUUCAGUGACCAUCAACAAGAAAGCACCAGAAAGCCAUUCACUUCCCACGCAGAACAACAACGCUCCCCCCAAGCCUGCGAAUAAACCACAGAUGGUGCAAGCGUCAAGGCACUUGACAAGAGCUCAACAGGAGGAACUCAAGGAGUGGAACGACCACACCUUCACAAUAGACGUUGGCGACCACCGUUGUGGCUACUGCGGAACCAAGUAUGACCGCCGCGCAGCUCUGCUGUCCCAUGCCAAGCAAUGCUACAAGAAGUUGAAGAUUGUGAUCAAGAAGCCAGCUCCCCAGCCCAUCAAGAAGAGCAAAGGUGCCGCAAAUCGAAAGGUCAGCACACCCAUGAAAAUAGUGCGCAAAUACCUGAUGGGAAGUUCCAAGCCCGAAUCUGUCGAAGAAUAUGGUCAGUUGACAAACGGAGUUAAGAGCACAUGCAAGGACGUGAGGAGGAGCACCAGAAAAAGUGGCAAUCCUGUUGGGAGGCCACGAGUCGGCCGCAAAAUGAGCAAGGAUAAAUUGAUGCCAACGGUGCCGCUAACCAGACUCAAGCUACCUCUGCCAGAACAGACAAAACCUCCUCCGAACCCUAAGCCACCUGUUCCUGUGGCGCCUUUGCAGUCUCCUCUGGCGCUAGAGAAGAUGCUGAGGGACCAAAAGUCCAACACUUCGAAUAUUCUGGUGCGCCAGGUGUCAGACAAAGCAGCGCUCUCUCCCUCCAAGGCGACCUCGCCAGCCAAAGAGCCUCCAGCUGUUGCGUCAGUCACGCCCAUCCUCUCUGUAAAGCCCAAGGACGGCUACCCUGUCAACUAUUUCUCUCCUGGCUCGGCGGACACAAAACUGAUCGGCACUGGAAACUCUGUUCCGAGCAGCAUUCAAAUCAGAAAAGACUACAAGAAGAGCAACCCCUCUGGCGAUGACUCAAUUGACGGCUGCUCUUCUACUGCCUCAGUCUGCUCUGACAAAGCGGAAGAUUGUGUUGAUUCUGGCAAGCCCUUGAAUUCUGUGAUAACCCCCUGCGUGGAAUCUGCGAAGAACAAGCGGCCAGUGUUGAACUUUGACAAGCCGAUCACUAGUGUGGAGAAAAUGCAGCCAAUCAACGUGAAGGAGCUUGUUGGCGUUAUUCAGAAUUUGAACCAUGAUGUCAAGGUGGAAGAAGCUGCGAGCCAAAAGCUUCCAGACGUCUGUAAAGCGUGCGCUGACGAUAACGCCAGCAUUCCUGUGAGCGAAACUCAACAGCCUGAGUCCAGCAAUAAGGAGAAGACAAACAUUGCUCAGAUCGACCUUGAGAAGAAAAGUGCGACUCUGCCCUCUGAAUCGACUACACCAUCAAAGAGUCCAACGCCUUGCAAAAAUCUGCCUGACACACCAUCUACUUCAACAAAUAAUAAUGUUCCUGAGACCUACAAUUUCGUGCCUGAAGAGAGAUGCGAAGUCAUGAGCGAGACUGCCAAUAGCAAACCGGUGACUUGCGAGGAAAAGCUCUCUGAAACUGUCAAGUCUGAUCCUAAAAUUAGCAAAGAUCUACAAACAUCAUCACAAAGCAAUGCUAAGAAAUUGUAUCCAAAUCUUGAUGUACCUGCAGAGUACUUGAUUGAGGAAGAUUCAAACUUUGAGGGCUGGGAUUCGAAAGAACAACAACCGUCACUGGCUUUAGUCAGCCAUAAGAAGUUUUUCAAGUUCCAUGCGUUCUUUGAAGAAGAAGUGAAAAAAUUUGAUGAUUUCAAGGUUGUGGUGGAGCUCGAUUCGACUGAUCCUCCAUUGGAAUUACCACCAGGAGUGUUGGUAGAAUAUCAGAGGGAAUAAAUUAUGAAAGCAAAGACUGUUGUUGCUGCGUUGUUGAUAAUGGCAGUAAUGAGAACGGAAGUGAAACUGUUGUUGUGGUUGUUGUUGAAAGCCCUUUUGAAUGCUGGUUAAUUCUGGGGAAAAUGGGCUGAGCUUAGUACAAUCAUAUUACGUCACAGUAAUGCUUGUUCUUUUUAUACCAUUAAUAUUUGCUCAAAAACAAAAGUUGAAUUUUGAGUUACAGUUUUGAACGUUUUGAAUGUUGGCAUCCAAAGAAAAUACAGUGGUAGUGAAUAAUUAUUGUGUUCGCCUCUUUUAAAAUUUGAAAGUUGGAUCCAAAUUGUUUGUACUUAAAGGUUUGAAUGUCAAGGUUUAAUAGAAAAACCUUUGAAAUAUUAAUUUCUAUUUGGCGACCAAAUCCUAUUAAAUGAUUAUUUGGAAUGUAAUUUUACGGUAAUUAUAUGACACAACUUUAAAUAAUCUUAACAUUUGCUGAGAAAAUCAUUGCCACUGUAUAUGAAAAAUAUUUCAUCCAGACAAUUCUUGAAUAAAUUUUUCACUUCGAAAUGUA